AUGCAGGCACUUUGUGCACUGAGGGGUUCACGCACCGUGGAGCAAGCACAAAUUUAUCGAUUCCGCCGCGAGACUCUCGAAGCCCGUUUAGCAGACAAAGCAACUCUUAGAGAUAUUCCCCAAGACAUUGCCAGGGCAUUAAUAGCUGGGCGUGUGAUAGAGUUGCGAGACGACGGCGAAUUCUUCGUCCACGCGGCUGAUCAAGACGAAACCGAGACCAUCAAAAUGCAUCACGACCUGGAAAUGGCAGACGCACCAGCCGAUUGGUCAACAGAACAUGCAAGUUCCUGUACAUCACCACAUUCACACACAAGCGCAAUAUGUCCCAUCGACUGGGACCCACAUCAUGGCAGGGUAGAAAUCCUCCGACAUCACCUACGAAUCGUGCACGCGCAUCAGCCAAGUCCGAACCGGUUCCGGGCCUUCCAUGGUAUUAAGAACAAGACAAAAUCAGCUUUCGGCAAUGGCAGUUCGCCUCUUGCCCACGAACAUAGGCGUAGAGUUACUUUCGCUGGACACGAUGCAGAAAAGAGCUGUGGAGGAGGAGUUAUGCUAGACUCAUGGAAGGUUGCGCCAGUGUGGCAAAGGUUGAACAUUGUUGACCUUCAGGGAGUCUCUUGCGAGAAGGAUGCUGUGACAGGUACGCCUGUCCUCGUGUACGUGGAAGAUGGCUUGACAUGA